GGACGGGCUACUGUGUAGCGCUCAGCUACUGUUUCCGUUUCCGGCGGAGCUUUGAGGCGGACGGACCAAAAAACGAAGGGGGCGGGAAGCUUAAGCAACUUGACGGAGUAAAUCGUGUCCCUUCACUUUGUUGACGUUUUCGCUGGUUGAAGUUGACUUUGUGAACAUGACAUGAAGUUUCGUGGGAAGAUUGUCGACGUGGCUUGUCUCCACCAUUUCACUCGAGUGGUGAGCACCAUUUCCAAGCUGACCAAGACAUGUGUACUGCGUUUGACGCCCGAUCAUCUUUUUUUCAUCCUCUGCGGCUCGGUAGCAAACGGAGGCGUGGCCAUGUGGUGCGAGCUGGCCCAGGCCACUAUCUUUGAUGAGUACCAGAUGGAGGGCCUGACCUCCCAGGACAACGAAAUUUGUCUGGAGUUGACACCGGAGAACGUCUUCCGUGCGCUCAAGACCGUCCACAGUGCCAAAAGUGUCAAAGUCAAGCUGACCAACAAGCAUUGCCCUUGCCUCACCAUCCUCGCUGAGCUGCCAACCAUGUCCAGCAUCAGCCGCGUAGUGACGCACGACGUCCCCGUAAACGUCGUCCCUCGACGCCUGUGGCACGAGUUCAAAGAGCCCAAUGUUCCCAACUUUGAUGUGAGCAUCUUCCUGCCGCCUUUCAAGACCUUGAAGAACGUGGUGGACAGGAUGAAGAACCUCUCCAACUUCCUGGAGGUGGAGGCUAACCUGAGCGGCGAGAUGACCCUGAAGAUCGAGACGGACCUUGUGUCCGUCACCACUCACUUCAAAGACCUGGGAAAUCCUCAAUGGGACGACGCAUCGCGGCGGUCUUGGGACGUCGACGCCAUGGCACAGGUGCGCGUGGACAUCAGGAAGCUGCAGCAGUUCCUGAUCGGUCAGCAGGUCAACCCAAGCAAAGCCAUAUGCAGUAAGUGCAGCCAUCAUCCGAGCACAUCGUCCACCAGAGGGUGCUCCACCUCUACCUGCUCCACCAGGACGUGUCUCUGCAGUACUUCAUUCCCGGCGUGGCCUAGCCGACGAAAAAACAACUUCGACAAAUUGAAACCCUUUGAGGGCACCAAAACGUACGUCGCAACAUCAGCGUCCUCAGCAGGUAGGACCACAUGAACGCAGCUUGUCUCACUUCCAAGUUGCUUUUUAUGCAAGAUGGAUGCAUACGCAGUCACCAAGUCCCGCCCCCAGCUAAGUGUCGUAUCUUCCCGUCCAUUUGCCGUACCAAUGCAUUAUUAGCUGCUGUUUUUCCCAAAUUGUCUUUAUGUGGAAAAGUUUAAAUGAAAAAAGUUGUUUGCCUAUCUCAGUCAGUUGUGUUGUUUGGUGAUUCCGUGGCUAGCUUUAGCGCCAUGCUAACGCUGAGAAGACAUAGUGAUGAAAGGUCAAUAAAAGCCAAAACAAGUUGA